AAAUGUGUAAGCUGCAUAAAAUGUAAAUGUUUUAGUCGUUCAUAGAAUUGUCGUCGUCGGUUAUCACGGACGGAAGUUGUCGUGAGCGAAAAGAACAAGAUAUUACUAUCGUAGUGGUCGUUUUCUCGUAUUGACUCGUAAGUUACCUAUACAAUUUCUUACCGUUUUUCGAUCUCACUGCUGUCGCCGCUGUCCGACGGACACCAAUACACCACACGCGCGAACGACUGAGCAAACAACCGCGACAUCCGGUCCCGGAAGACAUUUUUAUUUCGAGAAUUCUCCAUUUCGCGUCCGGCGGUCGCUGUUCAUUUUCUCUUUUUACUCUGAUGUGUUCCGGUGAGAUUGAUCGAUCCGUUUCUGAUAAAUGACGUGUUUAGAUUGACGUGAAAAUGGGACAAAAAGUGAGCAGCCUUGGCGACGUGUUCCCUUGGAAGAAUGCCGACUCGUCGAAAAACAAUGACGGGUCGACGGUGGGAGCCAGAAACAGUACGCGUACGUCCGCCCCGGCCACAGCUUUCGUUCCUGUCUGUGCAGUGCACGGAGUCCCGGUAACUGGAGACCAGCAGCAUUUCGAGAACCUUUACGUUUCCAACAGCGAUGUGCCAUCGACAUCCAGCAACGACCAGAAUGUGAACGGUUCUGAAGCGUCAGCAGUGGCAUCCGGCAUAGAAACAAUGGCGUCCAAGAACACUCAGUCGUCGUCAUCGUCAUCAAAAAGUACGACUGGUUCCAAGAAGCUUAACAACUGGGUGUUACGUUUCAACUGUUCUCGUCCAAAGUCAAAGAAUAAGUGCUACAAUCCGCCUGAAAAUGUUCCCGAGUCAAACGAAGGAAAGUGCGAGACGUGCGUAUGCACACGAUAUGAACGCACAGAAGAUAAUCAUCAAAUUGACAACAAUGUUGUGGUAUUCGAUCCUUCUCCUGUACCAGUCGAAUAUGAAGAGCAAGAUGAAGAGGAUGAAACAUCGCAAGAUUUGCUAGACUUUGAAGGUGCGUUCAAUGCGUUCAAUGCAUUUGAAAGUCACAGCCAGUUGGUGUUACCUUCAUUUGAUGAAGGCCUCAUGGAUCUGCAUUCAGAUAUUAGUGGGGAAGAAUUUAUGAAUGAAGACUUUGAAGACAGAGCUUACAAAGAACGAGCCAAAGAAAUUCAAGAGGGUAUUGAACCACCACCAGGAUUUAGGCCUGGGUUACACAUACAGUUGGUAGAAUUUAGUUUGCCCAAAAUGACUAUAGACAAUUUAACCUCAUUAUUCCAUAGAGCUGCACUUACAGCUCUAACUGCACCACAUGAUAUGGAUGACAGCCAUCGAAUACAUACAUCCAUUGACUACAUUCACUACCUAGUUCCUGAUCUACUUCAAAUCACAAAUUGUUCAUUUUAUUGGGGCAAAAUGGAUAGAUAUGAGGCAGAAAAAUUGCUUGAAAAUAAACCUGAGGGCACCUUUUUACUUAGAGAUUCGGCUCAAGAAGAGUAUUUGUUUUCUGUAAGCUUCAGGAAAUAUGGUCGUUCUUUACAUGCACGAAUUGAACAGUGGAAUCAUCUCUUUAGUUUUGAUUCAAGGGAUCCUGGUGUUUUUGCAUCAUCUACAGUUUGUGGGCUAAUAGAACAUUAUAAAGAUCCUACCUGCUGUAUGUUCUUUGAACCUAUGCUGACCAUACCGUUACAUCGGAAUUUCACAUUUUCUUUGCAACACACAUGCCGUGCAGCUAUUUGCAGUCAAAUUACUUAUGAUGAUGUCAAUCAAUUGAAACUUCCAAAAUUGUUAAAGUCGUACUUAAAAGAGUAUCAUUAUAAGCAACGUGUAAGGGUACGCAUAUUUGAUUCAGAAAAUUAAUCUCCYUUUUAUAAACUCAUUUAGUUAUAUUUGUAUUUUAUAUCAAUAUCUAUAGUUAUAUAAAUAGUUCUAACAUUAUUAGUAAUGCUAGAUAAAAUGUUAAUUAUUUUUCAUUUAAAUAAAAACAAAUUGAUACAAAUAUAAAUUUCAUAACUUUUUUCUAUACUUACCUGCCAAAAUGUACUUGUACAUUACU